CCCCUCCUAACAUGGCGUCACUAGCUCCUGUAGCAUCACUAGCCCAGCGUAGUGUGCUUGUUUCACGACGGCCCCAAACACAGAGAUACAACCUACCUACCAGGUAAACACAUCCACACACAAGCACAAAACACAAACACAUACCCAACACACACACACCCCCACAUCAUGCCGUCCCCCACCCCCUCGGCCGAGACGACGGCCAAGGCCCUGCAGGCCGCGACCCUCUUCGCCGUCUCGGCCGCGAGCGGGGCCACGCUCGCGGGCUCCAUCUUCACGGUGCCGCUCCUGCUCGACGCGCCGACGCCGCUGAUGCUGCGCCUGUGGGCGCGCAACAUGGCGCGCGCCCGCGACGCCCUCCUGCCCGCCGACCUGCUCUGCUCGCUGGGCCUCGCGGCGCUGGCCGCCCUGUCGUCGUCGUCGUCGUCGUCGCGUCCGGCGGCCGCCCGCUACUGCUACGCCGGCGCCGCCGCGCUGGCCGCCGCCAUCGUGCCCUACACGGUCCUGCUCGUCCUGCCCACCAACCGCAAGCUGCUGCGCCGCGCCGAGCUAGCCAGCGCCCUGGGGCCGGCCGCUGCCGGGGACGAGGACGAGGACGUAGUGAGGCCGGCUGAUGAGCCCGAGUCCAGCAGGUUCCUGGUCGACCACUGGGGGAUGCUUAAUCUUGGUCGCUGCGCCUUGCUGAUCUCGUCUGCGGCGCUCGGGUUUUAUGCCACUGUUUUGUGAUGCGGCCACGAUUGCGCACGGCUGGGGCAACAACGGAACAGCCAUUGGACAAGGUGUCACGCCACUUGCUUGUUGCACACCUCCUUGCUGGUUAUCUCUUGUAUUCACUGUGUUGGGCACACACUCUGCAGGGCGAAACAAGACAUCUCGUUUCAGUUUUUAUUUUCACGAGUUACGAUGCACAUGGGCUUAGGUACAUGGUCGACUUGUUGCUUAUAUACGCUCACGUGAAGCCAAAUAAGGGCACAGAAGACAACGCUUUGUAUGCCGGCUCUACCUCUCUGCCUAUGGCUCAAAUAUCAGACCUAUCAAACACCCAUUCAACAGCUCCACACCCUCUCUUCACCAUCAGUCCCUCCUUACCGCCGUCAGCUUCACGUUCAGCGGCUUCUUCUCGUACAGCAUCCAGACCCUCUGGUCGUCCCAGUCCUCGCUCUCGGGCAUGAGCUCCAUGUCAAAGUUCCACACCAGCCGGGCCAGCGCCAGCCGCGUCUCGAGGUACGUCAACCCCCUGCCGAGGCAGGCGCGCGUGCCGACGCUGAAGGGCUGGAAGACGGCCUUGUUGUCAGCCGCGAAGCGCGCUGCCGCCGCGUCUCCUUUUCCGGGGAGCCACCUCUCGGGCGCAAAGGCCCACGGCUCGGCAAAGUUGCGGCUCGAGUGGUAGGCGGCCCAGUGCGU